AUGAAUGAAAUCACUCAGGACAAGGAGUUGCUAAGGCACAUUGAGAGGGAGGUGCGGAUGCGGGAGGGUGCCAGUAAGCUGCUGGCCGCCUGUUCCCGAAGAGAGCAGGCCCUGGAGGCCUCAAAGAGCCUGCUGGCCUGCAACGCCCGCAUCCUGGCCCUGCUCAGCCAACUGCAGAAGAGGAGGAAAGCUCAAAUCCUACGGGGAGUAGGACGCAGGUCAUCUGAAGACGCAGUGCCGUGCACCGGAAAAGUAGCCCUUUCAGACCUUCGGGUCCCGCUCAUGUGGAAAGACUCAGAGUACUUCAAAAACAAAGGAGAGCUGCAUCGCUGUGCCGUGUUCUGCCUGCUUCAGUGUGGCACAGAGAUCUAUGACACCGGCCUAGUGAUGGUGGACAGGACCUUAACUGACAUCUGCUUUGAAGACACGAUCGUAUUCACUGAGGUGGAUCCAGGCUUCCAUAUUCGUGUUGAGCUCUACAGCUGUUGUGUGGUGGAGGAUUUCUCCCCCGGGGCUCUAGGACCCAGGAGAGUGAGCCGUCUGGGGGGCUCUCUGGGAUGCUCCUCUGGGAAGAAGAUCCGUGCUGCGUUCGAGUCUGCAGCUGUUUGUGGGUCUGCUUCCAGUGGAGGAGGCGUACACCAGGGGUACUCGUCGCCACUUUUAUCCACUCAUCUGUCUAAACUGGGCCCAAAGUACAACCUGCUGGCUCACACCACACUGAGAAUCGAACAUGUGCAGGAGGGUUUCAAGACCCAUGAUUUGUCCUUGGCGGCAGCGGAGGACAGUCCAUACUGGUUGCCCCUCUAUGGAAAUAUGUGCUGCCGCUUGGUUGCUCAGCCUCUGUGCAUGAUUCAACCAGUCAUACUUGGUCAACUGGAUGUUAAGCUUGGAGAGGACCUUGAUUGCUGGGAAAACCUCUAUGGGGUCCUCAGGGGACAAAGUCUCCUUUGCUAUCAGAGUGGAGAAGAGCCGGAGUCCGAGGAGAAGCCAUUACUUGUGAUCCCCAUCAGAAAGGAUACGCUUGUCUGUGCGUUGGAGAGAGAUGCUGUUCAUACCCAGAGAAUACACAUGACUACACAGUGUCAAGGAGAGGAUGUAUCCUACACACUGACCAUGCACGUACCUGAAGACACGCAGCGCUGGAGCGAGGCCCUGGUGCAACACAUCUACAACAUAAGCCAGUGGAGGCAGUGUUGUCAUCACCUCAUGAAGAUUGAAAUGCCGAGCCCAAGGAAAUCCAUCGUGGUGAGGCAGGGAUCGCUAUACCAUGAAAUAGUGACACCCUCGUCUCCCGGAGACGGUCUCGUGGCCCCUGAUUUAUCUUUAGAGAUCCGCACUUUGCUCUCUUCCUACUACAAGGAAAGUUAUUGAUGACCCUACCACAGUUGCACUGGGCGAGUGAGAACCCAUUCUAUGCAGUUACCAUGCCUGAUCAAGGAAACAAGCAUGGAACUGAUAAAUGGUGCCAUCUCUGAAUCUGCAGAGGACGCAGCCGGACUCACUGUGACAUCAGAUAUGUUUCAUAUCUCUUCCUCUCAUCCAUGAAUCUUAACUAUUUACCCACGAUAAAAGAAGAAAAAGGAGUGACGCGCGUGAGUCUAUUAUCAGAACACAAAACUGAUUGUAUGUACAUCGAAAAAUCCAGAAGAAUCUAACUGUAGCACUCUCUGCGUAUAUAGACAAUACACUAAUAAUGGUUAUAUAUAUUGAUGCAAUACAUUUUCAGCCAUACCACAUCCUCAUGGUUUAAGUGUAUGACUAUAAAAAUGAACCCACUGUCACUCUCAAAUUGAUCGAGAUAGAUAAAUCCUUUAUUUAUUUAAUUCAUAUUUAUUUAAAUCCUCAACAACAUUUGAAUCCAGGCAUGCAGUGUUUUCUCAUGGUGUAACUGCCAUUAUUCAACAUUAUUAUGUAGGAAUACAUGUAUACAAAACUUUUAGUCAAGAUUAAUCUAUCUAUAUCUUACUUGACAGCCAGUCGUUAAUAAUUACAUGCUGAAAACGGAGUCAAUAGAAGGACGAUGACCUUCUAUUGACUGUAUAAAAAGAUGGUGGAGCCUGUAGCCAAAUCUCCUGGAUGCCAUUCUACCUUUGAUACAGUGCAUGUAGCAUCCUGGGGUUCAGCUGUCACAAUCUGUCUCCUUCCAGCCGAGGUGUUUUGAUCAUACAGAAGGAAAACAAUUGUUUAUUGCUGACACACAAAUUAAUUAUGGUUUUUCAAAUUAAAGUUCUCAGUUGUGUUGAUUUAACCUGUUAACUGUAAGUUAAGAUGAUCUGAGCAAACAGGAACGAUUUAGUUUAUUUAUGUCAAAUAAAUUAAGGUAUUUGGACCAUUUCAAAAUACACUGUAGUAAUUUUAUUAUGUCAUUAUUUAAAAUUACUGACACGUACAGUACUAUGUAUUUUGAAGGUUCUGAUUAUUGUUAAGUUUGUGUUGUUAUUUUAUAACAUUUAUUAAGGUCUUGCUGUUUCUAGUGGUUAAAAAAUGUUUCCACAUGUUUUCCUUUACAAGUGAGUUGAAGCCUAAACUACAGCGCAAUAAAGAGCAAGAAUUAACGUCACAAAGAAAAAGAGUGAACCAUGGUCGUGAUUAAUUGGCUUAGUUACUAUGUUGACGUCAUUAAGUCCUUUUCAUGUGGCAUGUAUUUAUAAUCAUAGGUGGUCACAUUAACCUUUACGUAGUUUGUGAAAAAUCUGUACACAACAAUGACUCAGUACUGUUACAGAUGGGUGUGUCCUAUUUGACCUUCAUGUCACACCCUACAAAUUCCAUAUAACCUGUUUUGAAUCUGAGGACAUGGUGAUUAUAGUAAUUAGCAUAAUAGAUAAUAGAUGUCUGCAUAUUUAACCUUCAAAAAUGCAAAAUGCAAGUAACAAACACAAAAAGUGAUUUCUUGAGCACAGUUGGUGUGUCUUCGUUCUACCCGAUGGUUUACUCACAGUAACACAGUGCCCAUAUCAUGUUGUUUAAGACCAGGAGCAGCAACUGUGAGAUUUGAAUUUGGAAGGUCAGAUGUCUCCAUGAUUAUUAGUAAACUGCGUAAACCUGAAAUGUGCCCCUCCUUAAGGAAACUAAAUAACAGAUGAUGAAUUGGACACGUCAAGCUAAGGAUGUUUAUUGUUUACUGGGAUGUCGCAUGAGGUUAUCAUUGAUUCACCCCUCUCGUGUUGGUGACAUGAGUUUCCGAUCAAGGAUUUUCAAGAAUGAACUAAGGUUAACUCAGUCAUACUUGUUGAGCGUUGUUUGCUUCCUCGUUUAAGGUUGAACAAUUUUGGUAGAAGUCUGUACAUGGCUGGACUGAAUGGGUGGUGGAACAUUUUUCAAUCAAAAAAGUCUCCAUCCAGAGAAGAGCACAAAAACGGCUACAAACAUUCAAAAAAUACCAAAGAAAAACGCUGUGGUCAAAAAUCUCCCAAACAUAUGAAGUAGAAAACCAUUAAAACAAGAGAGAUUGAGAAGCUUGUAUAAACAAUCAUUUGACCAGUAGAGUGAUAACAGUGGGAUCAACAAAUGAGUCAUGAAACAUUUCAUUUAUUUAUAUAUCUUAAUUUAUUUAGAUUUACAUUAUUUGGAUAAAAUGUAUAAUAG